UAGUUGUACUUCAGUUAUGUAAUGUUUAACUACUACAUCUGCCUGUCUGGUCUAUACAUCUUCCAAAUUAUUAUUAAUCUGAAUGCAAUCCACCUCUUGGGAACUGACUGUGUUUAGCACUCAUAUUUUACUGUCCAUACAUCAUAGGGAACAGCAUGGCCAGCAUCUUAGUCAGCUAAAUCGGUAUGGCACUAUUGCCUGUUCCUUUCUACACACUACAUUGAAGCGGUAAAGGAAAGCAUCGCUGCAUUGUUGUCCAGGAUGCAUGUUUCCGGUGCUAAUGAAGGUAUUUCUUUAAUAGAAAAACGUAAUCAAAGAAUGGAUCCCAAGCACAUAAAUGCAGAUGGUUUACAACGACGCCAUCAGCUGACUGCCAUGAGGGUUGUAAGGGGCAUAUCAUGCUUAAUGACUUUACUUACAACUGCGUGUAUGACAUUAAUCUACUGUGCACCUAUAUUUACUCUUCUCCUGAGGCUUUUUAGCAUACAUUACAGUCGAAAAUCAGUAGCAUUGUUGUUUGGUGCAUGGCUGUCUAUGUGGCCAUUUCUAUUUGAGAAGCUAAACAACACUAAAGUGGUUUUUUCUGGGGAUCGCGUGCCUUUGAAGGAGCGAGCGCUGCUCUUUGCCAACCAUAGAACAGAAGUCGACUGGAUGUACCUGUGGGAUCUUGCAUUGAGGAAGGGUUGCUUGGGGUCUAUUAAGUAUGUCUUAAAGAGAAGCUUGAUGAAAUUGCCUGUGUUUGGCUGGGGAUUUCAGGUUCUGGAGUUUAUUUCAGUCGAGAGGAAAUGGGAAGUUGAUGAGACAUUGAUGCAAAGGAAGCUUUCAACUUUUAAAGACCCAAGAGAUUCUCUUUGGCUUGCAGUUUUCCCAGAGGGCACUGAUUACACAGAACAGAAAUGCAUAAUAAGUCAAAAGUACGCAGCAGAAAAUAGCUUACCAAUUCUUGAAAACGUGCUUCUUCCAAAAACCAAGGGCUUUUAUGCUUGUUUGGAAGCUCUGAGAGAGUCCCUGGAUGCUGGUUAG